AUGACUGACCGAGACGUCCUGACAGCGCAUCUGACGCGUCUCAAGGACGAAGGCAACGCGAGGUUCACGUCGCGUGAUUACGAGGGCGCGGAACAGCUGUACUCCCAGGCAAUCGAGGCCGCUGCCAGCGCGCCAGGACACAGGGGCACGCACCCGCGCGCAGACCUGCCGCCACAGACCACGGCCGUCCUCGCCGUCGUCCACUCGAACCGCGCGCAGGCCCGGCUCAACGCGGGGCGCCUCAUGCAGGCCCUCCUGGACUGCGAGAGCACCCUUGCACUGUUGCGACACAUCGACCAUCCCGCGGUCGCAGCAGCGGCGCAGCGGCCCCGGGCCAAGGCGCUGCAUCGCAAAGCGCUCGUGCUGCGCAAGCUCGGUCUGUGCGCGUACGCCGAAGCGUGCGAGCGCGCGCGAGACGGGGUUGCGGCGCCGCGGCAGCAACAGACGCACGCUGCCGCACGCAGCGAGGGCUGCCACGCGCCGGGCGCCGGCGUGGCGGCGGAGGAGGCGCUGCACGUCGUUCGAGCCCCUCGGUUCGACCCCGGCGUCGUGCCCCGAGAGAUCCGGCGGGGCUACGUGUUUGACAACCCGGAGGACACCCCCGACUGCCCCAACAACAUCCUGCUGCUCCUCCACGGCGCGGGCGACUCCGCGCGGAACUUCGCCAGCCUCGCGUCCCGGAUCCGGCUCCCGAACUGCUGCACGCUCGCCCUGCAGGGUCCGAUGCAAGUACCUCUGCUCCCGAACAGCUAUGCCUUCCACGAUUUCCUGGAGUCUGACAUGUCUCCAAUAGUCCCCGAGGCAGCCGGCCGGCGCCGCACCGACGCUCUCCAGCGCGCGCGGCUCGCGAUGGAGGGUCUCGUCGCGGGCCUGCAGGGCGCGGGGUGGCGCCGGGAGGGCAUUCACGUGUUUGGGUACGGCCAGGGCGGGACGCUGGCGCUCGAGCUCGCGCGGUCGCUCGCCGGGGCGGCCGGCAAGGGCGAGCGUGUGCUGGGCAGUGUGGCCGUCGUCGCUGCGUCGCUGCUGCCCGAGGACGACGAGGUGGCGAGCGAGAUGCGGGGCGGCGGCGGUGCGGCGGAGGAGGCACGUGCGGGCUGCGGGUGGGCCCCGGUCGUGAUCACGCACGGCGAGCGCGACGGCGUGGUGAAGCGGGCGUGGGUGGACGCGAGUGCAGCGGUGUUGCGGGGCAGGUACGGGUGCAAGGUGGAGGUGCUGACGGUGCGCGACAAAGGCAACGGGAUGGUGGGCGAGGGCGUGCGCGACGGGGGGCGCGCGGAGAAGGACGCGCUGCUUCAGUUCUGGGCGCGGUGGCUUCUGCAGCGGGCGCCGAAGGGCACCGUCGAGGUCCAACCCCCCGGGCGAUAG